AUGGGGACCGGAGACGGCUCAGCACCCACGGCCCCUGUGGUCCUCUUUGGAUAUGACUCGUCGCCGUUCACCACAAAGGUGAAGCUGGCCCUCAAGUUGAAACAGAUACCAUACACUUUCGUCGUUGUGCCCUCGAUGAUGCCUCGGCCAAUCUUGAAGGAUAAUUUCAAUGUGACGUACAGAAAAAUCCCGGUUCUGGCCAUUGGGCGCGAGGUCUACAUCGACACCUCCUUGAUCCUCGAAGUUCUUGAGAGUCAGUUCCCUCCCGCACACGGCUACGGAUCCCUCUACCCAUCUUCUGCAGCCUCGUUUCGCCCUCUGCUCCGCGGCUUUGCCUCAUAUUGGACCGACCGCCCCUUUUUCCGCGUAACCACGGGGCUUAUCCCAGCGAGUGUAUGGCGCACGCACUUUGGAGCCGACCGCUCGAAUCUGAUCGGCCACAAACUCGACGCGGAGAAGCUGGCGAGGAAAGUUCCUGAAAACCUCAGCGGGUUGGAUCUGCAGUUGAGCUUGUUGGAGCCGCUGCUCUCGAGCGAGCAGACCAGGUCGUGGCUCUUCGGAACCGACCUGCCAAGUGUCGCGGACCUGGCACUGUGGUACCAGCUCGACUGGGGCGAGAAGAUCAGUCGUGGAGAAGGGAUCGAUAACCUGACAGGUGGAGGGACGAGUGAUGGGGACGGGGAGGGGAUGGGCGCCGUGUUCAACAGAGACCGGUAUCCCGGGUUAUUUUCUUGGUUCCAGCGCUUCAAAGCAUACGUUGACGGGCUGCCGAGUGUGGAAACAAAGCUCGAGAAGGAGAACACACAGGGUGUGGAACAAGUGCUGCAGCAAUUGAAACAGACGCCGCUGUUGGAUCAAGUCCCGCUGCUGGCGACCCCAGCUCCUCCGCAUCGCGACCUUGAUACACGCAAUGGUCUUACAGUCGGUGCGGAAGUGACGAUUGCUCCUGACGAUACUGGAAGGGAUAGUCCGACCAUCGGGACAAUAGUGACCCUCACGCCGGAAGAAGUGGUCAUCACGCCUCAAAAGACGAGCGAGGGUACUGGUCCAGCUGUGGGGGAGGUGAGAAUCCACUUUCCCCGUGUUGGAUUUGUGAUCAGGCCUCACGGGCAGUCGAAGCUGUGA